AGUAAAUUUGUUAUAGAAACAUGAGUGCUAAACAAAAGGAUGUUAAUCGCCCCAUUGCCAACUUUCCUCCAAGUGUGUGGGGGGAUGAGUUUCUUAUCUACAAAGAGCAAACCGAGCUACUUGAUGUACAAGAAACAAUCAGAAAUUUGAAAGAAGAUGUGAGAAAAGAUAUAAUGACAUCUAUAGAUGUUCAAAUGGAACAUACAGAAUUGUUAAAACUGAUUGAUUCAAUCCAACGCCUUGGCAUAGCUUAUAUAUUCGAAGACGAAAUUAAGCAAGCCUUGCAACAUAUUCAUGAUGUUUAUGGUGACAAGUGGAACGGCGGUAGCCCUUCUCUUUGGUUUCGACUCCUACGACAGCAAGGCUUUUCUGUUUCUUGUGAUAUAUUCAACAACUACAAAGACAAAGAUGGGUCUUUUAAGGAAUCGUUAAUGAACGAUGCCCAAGGUUUGCUUGAGCUAUAUGAGGCAACAUAUUUGAGGGUACAAGGCGAAGAUAUACUAGACGAGGCUCUUGUAUUUACAAGAACUCGUCUUGAAAACAUUGCAAAUGAGCUUGUUCAAAGCAACCAUGCCUUGUCUACCCAAAUAACUGAGGCACUAAAACAACCUAUACAUAAAAGGCUGCCAAGAUUGGAAGCGUUGCGCUACAUUCCUUUCUAUCAGCAACAAGCUUCUCAUAACGAGUCGUUACUUAAACUUGCCAAAUUAGAUUUCAACUUGCUUCAGUCAUUCCAUAGGAAGGAACUUAGCCAACUUACAAGGUGGUGGAAAGGUUUUGAUGUCCCAAAAAAUCUACCAUAUGCAAGAGAUAGAUUGGUUGAAUGUUACUUUUGGGCACUUGGUGUGUACUUUGAGCCACAAUAUUCUCAUUCUAGAAUGUUUCUAGCAAAAGUUAUCUCAAUGGCAACCGUUCUUGAUGACACUUAUGAUGUCUAUGGUACUUAUGAAGAACUCCAAAUAUUUACUGAAGCAAUUCAAAGGUGGUCGAUUGCAUGUAUGGAUGUACUUCCAGAAUACAUGAAACUGAUAUUCCAGGCACUCAUCGAUAUCUACGAAGAAAUGGAAGAAAUCUUGACAAAGGAGGGAAAAUCAUAUCAACUUAGCCAUGCCAAAGAGUCGAUGAAAGAGUUUAUUAGAAGCUAUAUGAUGGAAGCAAAAUGGGCAAAUGAAGGGUACGUACCAACAACAGAGGAGAACAUGUCACUUAGGUAUGUGAGCAGCGGUUAUGGCAUGCUCGCAACAACAUGUUUGGUUGGCAUGGGAGAUAUAGCCACACACGAGUCGAUGAAAUGGGCUCUCGGAGGACCUCCUCUUGUCAAAGCUUCUUGUGCAAUUGCUAGACUCAUGGAUGAUAUCUUCUCUCAAAAGGAGGAGAAAGAAAGAAAGCAUGUCGUAUCCAGUGUUGAAAGUUACAUGAAGGAACACAAUGUGACAGAGGAGUAUGUUCACAAAUUAUUUAACAAGAAAGUUGAAGACACAUGGAAAGAUAUAAACCACGAGUCCCUCAUGUGUAAAGAUGUUCCGAUGCCUAUAAUAAUGCGUGUGAUCAACUUGGCACGGGUCAUGGAUGUUCUAUACAAAACUAAAGAUAGUUUCACAAAUGUGGGAGACGAACUCAUCAAUCAUAUCAAAUCGUUGCUUACACGUGAUAUGGUCAUAUGAAUUCCAGUUAUUCAUGUCAGGUGGUCGAACCGUUCAAUAUAUGAACUUGUAAUAAGUACUUGGUUGUUUCUUUGUCAAUUAAUGUGUUUGGUUUUGGCCAUCUCAACAUUAUAUCGAAUAAGGUCUAAUUAAAGUAAUUUGGCAUGAUGUUUCACCUUGUAUGCUAUAUCGCUAUAUUCAUGCGACUUUAUAUA